CUUACAGAUAAACCACGACCGACUCUGACUGUAAAGUCCCAGAGUUCAGUGUUCACUGGAGACACAGUUACUCUGAGCUGUGAUGUGGGACAGUUAACUGGAUGGACAAUUAUCUGGAGAAAAGACUCAAACACUGACUCCACGGGUGAUGCAACUAAAACAAUCAGGUCUGUGAGCGUCUCUGAUGGAGGAAGAUACCAAUGUAGAGCACAACGAGGAAACUACUACAGCGAGUACAGUAAUGCAGCUGAGAUAACAGUAAAAGAUAAACUACGACCGACUCUGACUGUAAAGUCCCAGAGUUCAGUGUUCACUGGAGACACAGUUACUCUGAGCUGUGAUGUGGAGCAGUUAACUGGAUGGACAAUUAUCUGGAGAAAAGACUCAAACACUGACUCCACGGGUGAUGCAACUAAAACAAUCGAGUCUGUGAGCGUCUCUGAUGGAGGAAGAUACUGGUGCAGAGCAAAACGAGGAAACUACUACAGCGAGUACAGUAAUGCAGCUGAGAUAACAGUAAAAGAGAGACCCAAACCUGUAGCUCGUGUUGAUCCUGAUAGACGUGUGUUCAGAGGAGAGACGGUCACUCUCACAUGUCACAUACAGCAGACAGGAGUCUGGCAGUACAGCUGGAAUAAAGACAACAAACAAGUUUACAGAGCAGGACAAAACCAGAACUAUAUAAUCUCAUCUGUGGAUCCGUCUCAUGGUGGUGUGUACAGCUGUAGAGGAUCUCAGUCAGAAGCACCAACACACACACAGAAGAGUGACGGAGUUACACUGACAGUAUCAGAUUCACCCAGAUCUACACUGACUGUGACACCAGACAGUCCUGUAUUCACUGGAGAGACAGUCACUCUGACCUGUGUUAUAGAGUCUAAUCACAGUGACUGGAGAUAUGAGUGGCAUAAAGACAGUGUAAUGUUACAGACGUCUGAUGGUUACACUGUAAACAGAGACACUCUCACUAUCAGAGGAGCGAAUGAGUCUGAUCAGGGUCAGUACUGGUGUAGAGGACAGAGAGAUGAAAGACCACAAUCAUCACAAUCAAGCUCUGUUUCUCUCUCUGUGACGGGCAGGUUUCAUUUUUUGAAGAGCUUAUCCUCAUCGUUCUGCUUGGUUCUUAUGACUGUCUUCAUCUCAGACAUGGAAACACUAUUUUUGAUGUAGUCUGGAAAAACAAACAAACAAAAACUCAGAAAUCCUCAAGUUUCAGUUACAGGUUUCACACCUCCGUGAAGUUGGCCCCCCACCCAUCACAAAACGUCGCAAAAAUAGUCUCAGUCGUUUGUGCUCCGUUUGUGCUGUAAAAAUUGGUUUGUUAGAUAUAAAAUAUUUAUUUAAAGGUCAUUCUCAGGUCACUCAGCCCCCACAUGCUCCAAAUUCACCCCGAAUAGUCUCGUUUGUUUGUGCUUCGUUUGUGCUGGUUUGUGCCGGUAAAAGUUUCGUUUGUGCUGCUUUUUAUUUUGCUUUUAUUUAGCAUUUUAUUUUGGGUUCCUCGUUUAUUCAAUUUCUUACCAAAUUGUUGGAUUCUAGUGAUGUUUUAAUAGAACAACAACUCUUCAUCACUGUUUUUUUGUAGUCGUUGUGGUGUUUAUUAAAAGCAUCUCAAUAUUCAUCUGCUGUCGGACUCUUUUUCUGUCACUUUCUCUCACUUAAAAUGGUUUUGUGCACGAGCGCCAUCAAGUUGUAGCUUUAUGUAACUUCAGCGUUUUUGUUCUCACCUGAUUGAACUUAUUUACAAGGGGUAUCAUUUGAUACACUUCACUCCCACCACGAGGUGACACUUCUGUUCAAGAUGCUCUUGUGGAAAUUUAGUUAGUAGAGGAAAAGUUGAUACAUUGGCCAGAAAUUCGAGUUUGUAACUGUAAGUACAAUAUUUUAACAAUAUCAGUUCACAAUAUUAUUAGUAACCCUUACAAAAAUUAACCAUGGU